CUCUUCACCGCGACCCUUCCCUCAAAAGUGAUAAAAACCCCUCUCCCUCGUCCAAAAACCCUUAACAACGAAACCCACGUAAAAGAUGUCUGAUUACUCUCCUUCUUUCCCAUCUUGUUUCCGCCCCAGCCCUGCUAACUUUGAUGACCACCAUUCACCGGCGCCGCUACCGCUGCCUCCGCCUACUUCCGGCAACGCAAAUUUAACGACAUGUCUCUACUAUACCAAUCUUGGGGUCUUCGCCCUCACCUGGUGUCGCAACGUCAUCGGUCGAGAUCUCCAGAUCGACAUCCGCUUCGAUGAUCAAGAAGAUGAAGAUCUCUUUCCCUCCUAUCGCCUUCACAUGAAGCCAUUUUUCUUCUGGAGAAAAUAUGGUUCAAAGAGGCUCCACGUCAACGGUCCGACGAAGAAGAAGGUUGAAAUCUACUGGGAUCUCACCAGAGCCAAGUUCGUCGCUUCCAGCCCCGAACCCCAAUCUGGGUUCUACGUCGCCGUCGUCGUUGACGGUGUGAUGACCCUUCUUGUCGGUGAUUCUCAGAGGGAAGUAUACGGCAGAAGCAAAACAAGGAAACCCAAUAGAAGAAGCCAGGUGUUGAUUUCGAGAAGAGAACAUGUUUUUGGCAACAAGGUUUAUACAACGAGAGCUAGAUUUGGAGGCAAGACCAGAGACAUCUCGAUUGAUUGCAGCGUGAGUGGCGAUGAACCCAGGCUUUGUUUCAGUGUCGAUCGAAAAAGGGUAUUGCAGAUUAAGCGAUUGAAGUGGAAGUUCAGAGGAAACGAGAGGAUUGAAGUGGACGGAGUCCCGAUUCAGGUGUCCUGGGACGUGUAUAACUGGCUGUUUGAAGGAGGUGUUGAAGAUGGGCACGCCGUGUUCAUGUUCAAGUUCGAGAAGACGGAAUUCGGAGAGGAAGAAGAAGAGAACGUACAGGAAGAGUUGAAUGAGAAGACCGGAAGAAUGGUCGUGUGGAAGCCACAGCAGUCCCCAACCAGUGGCGGGAUUGGGAUGAAUACGUUCGAGUGGAAGAGAAUAAACAGAGGGUUUCUGAAGACGACGAGGAGCUCGUCGUCGUCAUCAAUGUCGUCGGCUUCAUCUGGGUGCAGCUCAUCGGUGAUGGAGUGGGCAAGUAGUAUGGAUGAGAGCGAGCUGCAGAGCCCAUCUGGGUUUUGUUUGCUGGUUUACGCCUGGAGGAAUUAAAUUAAAGAUCGAUUGGUGCAUCCUCAGAUUUCUUUUCUCGUUUCUCCCGAUAUUGUUUAGAUUCUUAGAUUGAUUACUAACCCAUUUGUUCAUGAACAUAUAUCAGAAUAAAAUCAGUCAAUAUGGCCAGACAAAAAAUAGAAGUUCAGAUUUCAGACUGUACUGAUCUAGAAGACUAAAACCAUUCUAUACUAUGCAAUCCUCACUCUUUCUGUACUCUUCCUUGUUUGAUUCACGGCUGCUGUAAGAAAAAUUAACCGGAAAUUUUUGAAAAAAAACGAAAAAAAAAGAAGCAUUUUUCUUCUUGUAAUCUUGUUCUUUGUUCUUACACGAUUAUUAGAUUAUAUUCA